UGAUGAGAAAUGGACGGCGACUGUGACAGGACACAGCUUACCAGAGGAGUAUAGAAUGGUACGUGUUUACACACGCCCAUUUAUUUUCUGGCACGACAGAGCCCGAGACAAGGGAACAGUUUCAUCAAGCCUUAAGCACACAAAAACUUGCUAAGCACUGAAAAGUAUUGCUGAACAGAAACAGCUGUGUGUGAAUUGAUGGGAUGUGACUUCUAAUUUGGACCGACCGUGCUGUGAGCUAGCAGCGUGGGCAUCUGACCGGCCGCGUGACAUCAUUCUAAGAGACGGUCGACCGGGCAUCCACACUUACACGGCACGGCACUCACGCCGCUCUUCUGGACCAAAACUUGUCAGUAUUGUAGGAUCAUUGAAACUUUGCAUGGUGGAACUACGAUAAUAGUAGGCCUAAGGUUUUGCGGUAACACCAUGUAAUGAUAAUCUCUAAUUUACUUAUGGGGUGGUCCUGAAAAGUACCGUAGGUUUCCAUUCGACGUUUCGAUCAGUAUGCUCUGAUCGUCUUCUGGAGAAAGCUGCCGGCAGACUUUCAUUGAACAAAAAACAGUGGAUAUACAGAACCAAACGGGCUUUAUGAAGCAUGAAACAGCUCUGAGCAGUGCUUUAGUGCUUAAAGUGAGGACUGAGGAUCAUGAGUCGUGACCAGCUUUUGUUUUAAGACUUCAGAGUGCAUAUAGUGUUGAGGAACACUUCUUAAGUGAGGACACAUGUUUUUUGGAACUUCCCGCUUCGAAAAUUUAUAUUCAACAUGAGUUUAUCUUCAAGAACUCGUAGAUCGACGACCUUCUCGGCUCCUCCACUCCCCGAGAAUUCGCACUCAUCACCGCCGCCAUCUUCCUUGUCGUUUCGUGUUGUGCUUCUUGGCUCGCCAUGCGUGGGAAAAACAGCUUUGAUGGUACGGUACGUGACGAGGCGUUUUAUUGGUGAUUACGAUCCCACUCUAGAAUACUUAUGCAGAUAUCACGCAUCUGUUGAUGGUGAAGACGUUGCUAUGGAAAUAUUAGACACAGCUGGCCAUGACAAGCAUGGCCAUCGUAAUGCCUACGCCCUGUGGGGAGAUGCCUUCUUGUUUGUCUACUCCGUGGCAGACCGACGGAGCUUCGAUGAAAUCUCGAACAUAAAACGAGAUGUGGAGAACGCCCUCAAGAUAACCAGCUCGCUCCCAGUCAUUCUUGUAGCCAAUAAAAAUGACUUGCGGAAAGAAAUGAGAACUGUGUCUGAGUCAGAGGGGAAGAAACUAGCAGAAGACAUGGGUUACCCUUAUUUUGAAAUAUCGGCUAAAGAUGGACGGCAAAUCUGGAGUGUUGCCGAACUAUUUCACAAUGUGUUUCGAGAAUGGAAACACAAACGGUCGGAUGAGAAACACGAGAGGGCGCAACGCAAAGCUCACGGAGCCACGGCGCAUGUCAAACGUGCUAUGAAUAAACUGAUGAGGGGACCACGAAUGGGCCGUACAACCUCGCUUUGAACGGAAGAUAUUGAAAACUAGAUUAUUAUUAGAACCAUAGUGUUUAUGGUCCACAGUCGGCUGCUGGAAAGCCGGACCAUUACUUAGUGUUCGUUCGAUUAGCUUCCCCGUGUACACAGACAGCUCCGUCGUCUCCUGAAUUUGGGUCGACACAAUUUGCACAGAAUCAACAACUGAUGUAAAGUUAAUUUCCAUUGACCUUAAUUGUUUCAAAACACACAAUCAAUGUUAACAUUA